CAGCCCCUCAGCCGGAAAGAGGAUUGCGCUGUAGUUACAAUUUACAGCUGUUACUAGCGUAGCGGUUCGGGAGUCUGGAAGGCGAGGACUUUUGGAGAACGAGUUGAGGUGUGACUGGAAUCAUUCUGCAUUCAUUGGUGUACGGGCUAACUCAUAUUACAGGGAUGUCUGUAUCUAUGUAGCAAGCAGGGGCAAGAAAACAAGGAUGGCCGCGGACGUGGAUAAAACGAUUGCGGGAAAUAAGAAUGUUACGCCCCAGGAGAAAAAGCAUCUAAACAUGAUAUCUCCAAGCAGUGGAGAACUUGUGUCUGGCAGGAACAAGAGAAGAUCAUGGAUCACCGGGGCAAUCUCCUUAACAGUGUUGACGCUAAUUAUUGUGCCAGUCCUCGCCUUUUUCUACAAAUACUACCAGGACUCACAGCUUCUCAGACGUCACAAAGAGGGUGUGAAGACUCUGGGCACCGAGGGGCUCUUCCUGUUCUCCUCGUUAGACACGGACCACGACCUGUUUCUCAGCCCGGAGGAGUUCAAGCCUAUAGCUGAGAAACUCACAGGGAUUGCACCUCCUGGUGAUUUUGAGGAGGAAGAGCUCGCUGACCCGAACGGUGAGAUCCUGGCCUUGGAAGCCCAGAUGCAGCCUCUGUUGAUGGACACAAUGACCAAGAGCAAGGAUGGCUUCCUCGGGGUUACACACAGUUCCCUUAUUGGUCUGAGGUCUUGGCGCAGUCCAGCUGUGCCCUCCUCCACCUUCUCUGCCACCCAGUUCAGGGCACUCCUGCCCCCCAAAGGCAAGGACCAGGUGGGCGACACCUGGUGGGUCAUUCCCAGUGAGCUUAACAUAUUUACAGGGUACCUACCCAACAACCGUUACCACCCCCCAGCACCACGAGGCAAAGAGGUGCUCAUCCACUCCCUGUUGAGUAUGUUCCACCCCAGACCCUUCAUCAAGUCCCGCUUCGCCCCGCAGGGGGCCGUGGCCUGCAUACAAGCCAGGAGUGACUUCUACUUCCACAUCGCCUUCAGGAUCCAUGCAGAGUUCCAGCUCAACGACGUCCCCGAUUUCCCCUUCUGGUUUACGCCUGGGCAGUUCACUGGCCACAUCGUCAUGUCCAGGGAUGCGUCACAUAUACGAGAGUUCCGCCUCUACGUGCCCAACAAUAGGUCUCUGAAUGUGGACAUGGAGUGGCUCUAUGGAGCCAGUGAGAGCAGUAAUAUGGAGGUGGACAUCGGCUACCUGCCACAGAUGGAGUUGCAGUCAUUCGGUCCCUCCACUCCCUCCUUCAUCCAGGAUGAGGAAGGAAAUGUUAUCGACAGCAGAGGACAGGAGGACGACCCCAUCCAGUUUGUCUUUGAGGACAUUCACUGGACGUCAGAGAUCAGCCAAGAGGAUGCCACUCGGCGCAUAGAGGUCACAUUCUACCCUUUCAAAAAGGUGUCCUACCUGCCUUUCUCUGAAGCGUUUGAGAGGGCGCAGGCUGAGGAGAAGCUGGUGCACUCCAUUCUCCUGUGGGGGGCGCUAGACGACCAGUCCUGCUGAGGUUCGGGGCGGACUCUCCGGGAGACAGUCCUGGAAAGUUCGCCCGUCCUAGCUCUGCUCAACCAGAGCUUCGUCAGCAGCUGGUCUCUUGUGAAGGAGCUGGAAGACAUGCAGGCUGAUGAGCAGGACCCUGUGUUGAGUCAGAGGGCCCGUCUGCACCUAGAGAAGUACAGCUUCCCUGUAGAGAUGAUGGUGGCACUGCCCAACGGCACCAUACUCCACCACAUUAAUGCCAAUUACUUCCUGGAUGAAACGUCCAUGAAGCCUGAAGAGGAAGGAGCCCCGUUCAGUUUCUCUGGGGGGUUUGAGGACCCGUCCACCUCCACUUACAUCCACUUCCUCAAAGAAGGCCUGGAGAAAGCCAAGCAGUACCUGGCACACUAAAUAAUGUAUGUGUGUGUGUGUGUGUGUGUGAGAGAGAGGCUGAGAAAUAACAGUAAUUUCUCUCAAAGGUGAUAAUGAUUUAAGAUCAUGAUAUCCUUCAGUAUAAGGAAUUGUUUCCUAAAGCACUGGCAGCUGAUAAUGACUUUUCUUUCUAAUACAAGUCCUGAACAUCAGACUAAUAUACUAUUCAACUAUUCAAACCCUUCUCGAAGACGUGGGUACUAAACACUAGUGUUACAUUUGUCACAUGCCAUUAUAGUUAGGGCUAGCUAUUGCUUCUCAAUUGCCUUCUUGUGAAA